AUGCCAAAAGAUCUUAUUCAUUAUGGGGGCUGGGAACAUCGAGACUUGCAUAAUAUUUAUGGCCUUACUUUUCAUAUGGCAACUGCUCAAGGACUUAAAAAUCGCACUGAAUCACCACGUCGACAUUUCGUGCUCUCUCGAUCAUUUUUUGCAGGCUCUCAACGAUAUGGUGCUAUUUGGACGGGUGACAAUACUGCAACUUGGGAUUAUUUAGCCAUAACAACCCCUAUGCUGUUGGCUCUUGGUAUCUCUGGGUUGCCAUUUUCUGGAGUUGAUGUCGGUGGAUUUACCGGUAAUCCAGAGCCUGAACUCUUUGUUCGAUGGUAUCAAGCAGGAGCUUUUCAACCUUUCUUUCGUGGACAUUCUGAUUGUGAUACAAUGGAUACAAAAAGACGUGAACCAUGGAUAUUCGGUGACCCAUAUACUGGUUAUAUCCGUGAUAUAAUAAAAGAAAGAUAUUCGUUGUUACCCUUAUGGUAUACUCUAUUCUACGAAGCUAGUACCACUGGAAUGCCAAUUAUAAGACCUAUGUUCGUAGUCUUUCCCGACGAUGAAAAAGCUUACGAAAUGGAUGAUCAAUUCUUUGUUGGUAAUUCGUUACUUGUCAAGCCUAUUGUAGAAGGCCAAACAUCUACCGAAGUUUAUUUUUCAGAAAACGAGAUAUAUUACGAUUAUUUUACAUUUGAAAAAAUUCAUGGGCCCGGUAAAAUUCGAAUUAAUGCCCCUUUGAACAAGGUUCCUGUCUUUUUACGUGGUGGAUCCCUUAUUCCAAAACGACUGAAAAUUCGAAGAUCUUCUUCAGCUAUGCAUUUAGAUCCUUUUACAUUGGUUAUUGCAUUAAAUGAAAAUGGCGAAGCAACCGGCUCUUUAUAUUUGGAUGAUGGUGAAACUUAUAAUUAUGAGAAAGGAUAUUUUGUUUAUCGUCAAUUUAAAUUUUCUGGUGGAAAAUUGGCGUCUACAUCAUUGUCAUUACUUGAUAAUGAUAAAAACAUACAUGCUCACUCAAUUAAUUCUGUUCAAGUUGAACAAAUAAUAAUAUUAGGAUUUGAUUCAAAUUUAUUGAUUACUAAGGAUUGGACAAUAGAACUUUUGAAGCAAUGA